AUAUCCGAUACCGAUAGACCGAGCAAAAAAAAUCAGAACUGGGAGCACACAACAAAACAGUGAAACACACAAACACAGAGUAUUCAAAAAUCAUAAAAUGAACUAUGAAUCUUCUCGCCAAUUCAACGAACACCAUUUCCCCCUCCCUACUUUUCCUCCACAAACCAUUCCUCACUUACCCAAUCAAUCUCAACAACAAUCCAAAACUCUCACCACGCCGUUUCCAAACGAAAUGCUCAGCCGCCUCGACCUCGACCUCGACCUCGACCUCAAACGGCGCCGUUUACGAAAUCGACAUGGUGAAGAACAAGCAAGGCGUCUACACGCCGAAACAGAAAAAAGUAGUGGUCCUAUGGGACCUCGAUAACAAACCCCCGCGAGGCCCGCCGUACAAUGCGGCGAUGUCGUUAAAACAGUUAGCUCAACGGUUCGGUGACGUCAUCGACAUGUCAGCCUAUGCUAACCGCCACGCCUUCAUCCACUUGCCCCAGUGGGUCGUACAGCAACGCCGAGACCGCAAGGAAGUCGAUUUCUUCGAGCGCAAAGGCUUGAUCACACCGUCCGAUCCUUACAUCUGUAAAGUCUGCGGCCGAAAAUGCAAGACCAAUCUGGACUUGAAGAAGCACUUCAAGCAACUCCACGAGCGAGAGAGGCAGAAGAAGCUGAAUCGAAUGAGGUCUUUGAAAGGGAAGAAACGACAGCGUUUCAAGGAGAGGUUUAUAAAUGGGAACGAGAAGUACAACGAGGCGGCUAGGGAUUUGGUUACGCCGAAAGUCGGUUACGGUUUAGCUUCGGAGCUGAGAAGAGCUGGCGUGUUCGUUAAGACCGUUGAGGAUAAGCCUCAAGCGGCGGAUUGGGCAUUGAAGAAGCAAAUGCAGCACUCGAUGAGUAGAGGGGUGGAUUGGUUGUUUUUGGUAUCUGAUGAUUCAGAUUUUUCGGAUAUGUUGAGGAGAGCGAGGGAGGCGAAGUUGGGGACUGUGGUUGUUGGUGAUUGGGAUAGGGCGUUGGGGAGGCAUGCGGAUUUGUGGGUGCCGUGGGUUCGGGUGGAGAAGGGGGAGGUGGGAGAGAAGGAUUUGUUGAGGAAGGAGAAGAGGACGGGGAGCGAGUUUUUGGAUAGGGAGGAUGAGUUGUUUUCGGUUAGUAGCUUGGAUGAGAAUGUGGGGUGGAAUGAGAGUGCUUUGGAUAGUCUUGUGGAGGAGAUUGUUGGCGCGAGGGCAGAGAUUAAUGGGGUGAGGAUUUCGGCUUUUGAUGAAGGGGAAGAGGAGGAUGAGAAUGGGGAGGUGGAUUUGUUAUGGGAUAGUGAGGACGAGGAUGAUGAGUAUUAUUAGUGGUUGGUUAUACUUACACAAGGCAUGUGCCAAUUGAUUCUUUUGCUUGAAUUAGAGCAAUUAUGUGUAGGGAUUGAUGGGAAGAGAUUGAAUGUGGAAGAACUUAAUGUGCAGCAAUGAUGCGGUGCCGUCUUAAUAGAUUGAUUUUUUUUUUGUAGAAAUUAGCACCUUGGCUGUUUGCACUUGGAGCAAAGCUGUAAUUUCCAUCCCUGAUUUACAAUCGGGAAUACAGAAAUGGUAUUUUCCGCAUAAUUUAAUUAUGUAGCUUUUGUUUGUGCAGAGUUUGUACAAGCUAUAAAUUUUGUACUAGUUAUUUUAUAAUGGGAAUUGGUACAUUACUUCAAUCUAUUCAGGACUAGUUUAUGUUU